AUCUACCGAGGAGGACAUGGAGUUUGAGGAGUCAGGUAUCGGUGAGGAAUGCGGGGUUUUUGGCUGUGUCGCAGCGGGCGAAUGGCCAACACAACUGGAGGUGGCACAGAUUUUGACACUUGGGCUUGUUGCUUUACAGCACAGGGGUCAAGAGAGUGCUGGAAUUGUCACAAGUACUGGAACAAAUCCCCCGAUAUACACCACUCUGAAGGGAAUGGGCUUAGUGAACACAGCUUUUAAACCAGAGGACUUGCUGAAGCUGCGCAAUGGUAACCUUGGUAUUGGACACACACGUUACUCCACCACUGGCAUCUCAGAGCUGCAGAACUGCCAGCCUUUUGUGGUGGACACCCUGCAUGGCAAGAUUGCUGUGGCACACAAUGGAGAGCUGGUCAAUGCCUCUGCACUGCGCAAGAAGGUUAUGCGACAUGGGGUUGGCCUCUCCACCUGCUCAGACAGUGAGCUUAUCACUCAGCUCCUUGCACUGACUCCUCCAAUGGAGGAGCUUGACACUCCUGAUUGGGUGGCUCGUAUUAAAAAUCUGAUGACUGAGACGCCUACAUCAUACUCACUGCUAGUGAUGCAUAAAGAUGUGAUCUAUGCUGUGAGAGACCCCUAUGGAAACAGGCCUCUCUGUAUUGGACGUCUAAUGCCCAUCUCCAAACUGCACACCUCAGGUGCUGGAGAAGGAGACACAGAAGGUUGGGUGGUUUCAUCUGAGUCCUGUAGCUUCCAGUCCAUUGGAGCAAGGUAUUAUCGUGAAGUACAGCCGGGGGAGAUAGUCCAGAUCUCUAAAAAUGGAGUGAAGAGCCUGACUGUUUUCCCACGCCCAGAGGGAGACUCUCCUGCCUUUUGCAUAUUUGAAUAUGUUUACUUUGCCAGGCCAGACUCUAUAUUUGAAGGUCAAAUGGUAUAUACUGUGAGGCAGCGCUGUGGACGGCAGUUAGCCAUUGAGGCCCCUACUGACGCUGAUGUAGUUAGUACGGUUCCAGAAUCAGCCACACCUGCAGCAUUAGGAUAUGCACAAGAGUCUGGACUUCCAUAUGUAGAGGUACUAUGUAAGAACCGUUAUGUGGGCAGAACGUUCAUUCAACCAAAUACUCGACUGCGUCAGCUUGGAGUGGCCAAGAAGUUUGGAGCAUUGACUGACAACUUUGCUGGCAAACGAGUGGUGCUUGUUGAUGAUUCUAUUGUCAGGGGCAACACCAUCUCCCCUAUUAUUAAACUGCUAAAGGAAGCAGGUGCAACGGAGGUCCACAUACGAGUUGCAUCACCUCCGAUCCGGUUCCCAUGCUACAUGGGCAUCAACAUUCCUACCAAAGAGGAGCUAAUUGCUAACAAACCAGAGUUUGAGGAUAUAGCUGGCUAUAUUGGUGCUACAAGCGUGCGUUAUCUUUCUGUUGAAGGCCUGGUGUCUGCUGUUCAAAGUGGGAUAGAGUCACAUGGGAAAGAUGAGAGGAUCUGCUCUAGCACUAAAACUAGAUUGGGCCACUGCACAGCCUGCCUCACAGGCAAAUACCCUGUGGAGCUGGAGUGGUGAAUUGCAGGCCUCCAAACUGCUAUUCAAUUUAAUGUCUUAUUCUGUAAAGAAUUCCUCUAUUAUAAAUGCAACUUCAUGACUUAAAACUGAAGCUGUGGUGCUCAAUACGGUCUUAAAGGAAUGGUUCACCACAAAAAUCCAGUUCUUUCAUAAUUUAUUCACACUCAUGUCAUCCUAGAUGUGUAUGACUUUCUAUUUUCUGCAGAACACAAAGAUUUUUAAAAGAAUAUUUCAGCUCUGUAGGUCCAUACAAUGCAAGUGAAUGGUGGCCACAUUUUUUAAAGCUCCAAAAAAACAAAAAGGCAGCAUAAAGUAAUCCAUUAGACUUCAGUGGUUUAAUCCAUGUCUUCUGAAGUUUUCUAAUUGGUUUUGGGUGAGAACAGACCAAAAUAUAAAUCCUUUUACACUAUAAAUCUUGACAUCACCAGUCCUCUUGGCGAUCAUGAUUUCAAGCUCCAUUACACAACCUAGCGUACUGCGCAUGCGUCAAACAUUAUGAAGUGUAAUGUAGCAUGAAAUUAUGAUUGUGCCUAGAGACUGCAAUGGUACGAUGUACAGUGAAAAGGGAGUUUCAUUUUGGUCUGUUCUCACCCAAAAUCAGUUGGAUCACUUCAGAAGACAUGGAUUCACUGGAGUCGUAUGGAUUACUUUUAUGCUGCCUUUGUGCUUUUUGAAGCUUCAAAGUUUUGGUCACCAUUCAAACAUUCUUCGCAGAAUACAAAGAUUUUAAGUCAUAAAUAUCUGGGAUGGCAUGAGGGUGAGUAAAUGAUGAGAGAAUUUUCAUUUUGGGUGAACUUUAACAUAUGUUAAAGCAUUGAUAAAUGUUAUAGAUAUCUUCUAAAAGGCAGGUCAUACUGGGAGUUAGAACUAAAAAAUAUGGAUCUAUUUUGAAAUUUCAAACAUUCCUUUAAGUUUUCCUUGAAAUUCAUGUCAGCAUUGCUGCUGGUGAUUGCAGAAUGCAAGUUCAGCUAAGACUAGAAUACAGUUUCACCUACUUAACACUACAUCUUGUAACAUUCCUAUGAGAAUUUAUAUUUCAAAAUCCCCCUAAGCAUUUUUGAGUCUAAGUUUUCAUUUUGAGCUGUCCUGCUACUUUAAGACAUUUUCCCACUUUUCUAUUUAUCCUAAAAAAAAAAAAAAAAGAGCUUUUCUGUAUGUGAAAUGCACAUAUUUGUUUAUUAGAAUUAAAAGUUUGUUUAAAGUUUAAACAAAAAGAGUCUGAAUUAUUUACAAACAAAUAUACAAUGUCAACGCACAUGUAAUUGGACCCUGUUGAUGGAAAUCAAAUUGUCUUUUUUAAAUCCACUAGGUUUUGUUAAAAUGUAUAAUAUUAUAACUCAAGGGUCUUGUAAGAUAUAUUUACACAUUAAAAACAAACUAUACUGAAAUUGAAACUGUUGCAUUUACAAGUACAUGUGUAUUAAAAACAAGAAAACUGACUGUUGAAUAUCAGUGUCUACUGACUUGAUGUCAUCCACUGUACUUAUCUAGGGUGAACUUGGAAG